AGCAGCAGCGCCGCAGCCCGCCCCCCCGCAAGCGCCCCCGCGACCGCCCGCCCCUCCGCCGCGCACCCGCCGCCAGCAGCAGCAGCCGCAGCCCCAGCAGCAGCAGCAGCAGCAGAAGCGACAGCGACAGCAGCAGCCAGCCCUCCGGCGCCGACUCCAGCGGCAGCGGCGCGGACAGCAGCAGCAGCACCACCAGCAGCAGCAGCAGCGCCGACGAGGCGCACACGGACAAGCCGCCCAGACGCAGCAGCAACGCCGCGCCUCCACCAACGCAACGCGCGGCCAACACUGCUGCUGCUGCUGCUGCUGCUGCUGCUGCAGCGCCGGACGAGGUGGACGUGCAAAAGGAGCUGCACGCCCUCCAGCAGCUCUUCGGCAGCGACGCUGCUGCGGAAGCGCCUUCGGGAGAGCUGCAGCAGCAGCAGCAGCAGCAGCAGCAGCAGCAGCAGCAGCAACAGAAGCAGGAACAACAGCAGCAACAGCAGCAGCGGCCGCAGGCUGAACCCGCGGAAGCCAAAGAAAAGCACAGAGUGCGUUUUGCUGCAGAGACGAAGACCUCGCCCCGUGGGAGCUCCCGCCGUAGCAGCAGCAGGAAGCAGCAGCAGCAGCAGCAGCAGCAGGAGCACGCUUUUGAGCUGCUGCAGCAUUUAGUGCCUCAGGGGUUCUCAUCGAGGCCCCUCAGUGCCCCGCCUAAUGUAGCUGCGUACACACCCGAAGCGGCGAAACGGCGAGUGCUGCAGCUGCUGCAGCGCGUGCAGCAGCUGCAGCACAGGCGGCUGCUGAAGCAGCAGCAGCAGCAGCAGCAGCACGAGGAUGCGGGAGCAGCAGCAGUAGCGCACGCAGUUGCAGCAGACUGUAGCAGCAUGAGGAACUCCUUUGCUGAUUUGCUGCAGUCUGCUUUCGUUAGAGUCUCUGCGGAACUCGCCAGGACGCGGCUGCACCCGCAGCAGCUGCCCUGCAGCGACAGGUGCAGCAGCAGCAGCAGCUGCGGCUGUGCUGCGGCGAAAGAUGCAGCUGCUGCAGCUGGGGCGCCGGCUGCUGUUGUUGACAGCAGCUGCAGCAGCGACAGCAGCAGCAGCGACAGCAGCAGCGGUGCUGCAACAGCGGCAGCUGUGGCUGCUGCUGCUGCACACAGCUCUGCUUUGCUUAUAGUAGCGAAAGUAGCAGCAGCAGCGUGGUACUUUAGCAGCAACAGUAGCCCCGCAGCAAAUGGUCGUGAGCAGCAGCAGCAGCAGCAGCAGCAGCAGCAGCAGCAGCGUCGCUAG